AUGGGCCCAGAUGUGGUCCCCGUCAGAGUCCUCAGAGCAACACCACCAAGCCCCGCCAGGCAGGCCCGAGGGCGGGGCCAGCAAGGAGCCAGGUGGGGCCCCGGGUAUCGUCUGCCACAAGGGGCCGCCCGGAGCGUCUCUGGAGAGGGAGCCAAGGGGGGCUGCCUUGAGGGCUCUCGGGAAGCAAAAGCGCGGGGCGGCCACGGCCCCCCCGCUUGGCCACCUACCCGCCUGAGCCGGGCUCCACCUGCCGAGGGACCCCCCACCCGGGCGCCCAGGGAAGCUCCGCGCGGCCUCCCCGGCGAGGGCCCCGCAGCCUCCGCGCCCGGCCGGCAGGGACAGCCGACGAGGGGCCUCCAGAGAGACCUUCCGGGAGCCGCGGCCUCCUCCGACCGACCGGAGGCUCCACCAGCCGAGACGCCGCCCAGGCCGGAGCUUCCGCCUCAACUGCCCGGACCGGGCGAGCCGCAGGUGCGGAGCCCCGCCCCUCAAGGAGGGGGCGGAGACGGGCGGGGCCUCCGGGGCAGCCCCGCCCUUCCGCGCUUGGCUCCCGCCCGGCGAUCCCGCCCAGCUGAGGCGGCCGCCUUGCUCGCGCCGGAAGAAACCUCGCCGGGCCCGCCCCCCGCCUCGCUCGCACACGCCCCGCCCUGUUCCGUCUCCCAAGCAACGCCCCGCCCAUCUCCUCUGCCUCGCAGCUCUCCCCCCUCCCCCGCGCCGCUUCCCGGGCAGAUUGGAGCCGGGUCCCUCCGCCCCCCCCCGCCCCAAUGUCCCCAAGCGCUUUUCCGACAACUGUGCCGGGGGGGGGGGGGCACUGUUUAG